AAAAAAUGAGUUAUGGAUGGUUAACAGAAAGUUCUUUAAUUCCAGAACCAGCAGUUCCAAUCAAUGUAGAUAAUUCAUCUGUAAACUUCUAUUUUCAACAAAUUUAGAUUUUAGCUAUGAAAAUAGCUUUAAUGAAAGAUAAACAAAAUGAAUAAGGAGCUCUUUCUAAGGCUAAGGUUGUCAAGAAAUAAGAAAAACGAAUUAAUAAAGGAAUUGAAGAAAGAAUGAAGAGAGAUAUGAAAGAUAAUGCAGCAGAAACUGAUUAAAAUCGUUUAGAAAAGCUUAAUGCUAUUUUAACUAGAAAAGCUAUUAUUUAUGAAUAAUAAAAACAAACUGGUAUUGUUACUAAGAAUUCAUUGAUUGAUUUCAAUUUAAAAUAAAUAAAUGAUAUGAGUGAAAAAGAUUAAGAGUAUUUAAUUAUUCACAAUUUAGAUAAUAUGAAAUAGAAAGACAAGAAUUUAUUAAGAAAAAGAAAGAAGAAAUUCAUUAGGCAUAAAGAAAUCUUAUAAAUUAAAGACCUGAAAUUGCUAAUCCAUAAUUAGGCUUUUAAUAAAAUUAAUAAGAACUUGAAAGAAUUUAAUGGGAAUAAUAAAUGAUGAAAGAGAUAGAAAACAAUAUCAAAGAUUCUAAUUAAAUUCUAUUUGAAAAAGGGCCUAUAGAACAAUCAUAUGAUAAAAGACUUUCAUAAGCAGAAAAAGAGUUUUUAAAUAUUUUUUAUUUCUAGGAAACUUCCAAAUGUGAUCAAUGAAGAAUAAGAGGCUAAAGAAAAGAUAUCAGAAAUAGCAAAAAAAAGAAAAGAAUUUCAAGAAAUUAGAAUGGAAAAACUUAAAAAAUUAAUUAAAAAGUAAUGA